AUGACUGAAACAGUAACAACAACUCCCGCGUCGGUCAUGCCAAUAACACCGACGAAAAUUCCUGUCGUUCGCUUCAAUAUCGAUCAACAAUGUCCUAUUCAAUAUGUCACUGUCUAUAAUGAUCUGGCAGAAGUAACACGAAUAUUACGACAUCAUUUCGAUACCGAAGGCACGCAUGAACUCGUGCUCAAUGGUUUCUCGACAUUUGUAGAUGAAUCAUCGUUACAUAUCAGUGGUGGAACAGGUAAAGCAUGCACUAUUCUAGAGGUAUCAUAUCAAACGCGACACGAAGAUGUCGCUCCACCAUCAGGUUUGACAUCUCUCGAUCAUCUCCAAAGUCAACUUGAAAUCGUGCAAACUGAAAUAGACAUACAUAAACGUGAAUUAGCACGAAUUACGAAGCAACGUGUAUGGCUCGAUGGACGUUCAACCAAAAUAAUGAAUCAAGAUGGACCAUAUACAACUAAUGAUCUGGAAAAUAUACAGCAAUUUCUCGAGUUUUAUCACAAAACAUUAUUGAAACUUGACGAUGCAACAGCGCACGAAGAAGAUGAAAUCAAGAAGCUAAAUGAUCAUCAGGAUGCUUUGAAAGCACAAAUCAACCAGCAUGGCACUGCAGCUCAAGCAAAUCGACGAAAAACAUGUCGAGAAAUGACGAUCACAGUGCAUAUUGCCAUUAGUAAAAUUGAUGUGGCACUUGAAAUUUCCUAUUUGAUCAGCAAUUGUUCUUGGAGUGCGAGCUAUGAUGUUCGUGUAAGCACUGUCGAAGCGAAUCAGCAGCGCACAUAA